AUGGCGUUUAUAUCCAUGUCUUUCAGCUUGUCCAAACUGGAAGAUAUGACGAUUACUGGAAGCCUGACAGCCUGGAUUUCAACCAACGCUGCCACUUGGCAUUACGAGAAGUUCAGAUCGCUGAAUUUCACGGCAUACGGAUGUCUACGAGAAAGCGCAUAUAUGUACGCAUGUGUGCACAUGUACAUACGUGCUCUGCGGAGACAGAAUAUAAAAAUAGACGAUUCCUUCGCGAAAAAUAUCUCAUGGCAGGUGCCAUCUGUCGAAGCUAAUUUGGGCAAAAGGUCUUUCUUUUCCUUCUCUCAAAUGCUUCCAACUUUCUCCAUUCGAUCAAUAUCGGCUUUGGGGGUUUUCAUGUCAACGAAUAUCCAGAAAGAAACCAACUUCGCCCUGGAGCUUUUUGUCACUCGUCAUCUCGAGAUUAUUUAUCAGGGAGGGGGCCAUGGCAUAUCGGAUAUUUGGAUCAUCUAUAUUCCUUUUUAG